CGGUCGUUGUCAGUGAUAAAAAUGGCGUCGAGGGCACCAGUUGCAACAGGCAGGCUCCUGGUGGGGCUCCGCAAGUGGUAUUAUGGCAUGUGUGGCUUCAACAAGCUGGGUUUAAUGCGUGACGACACAGUCUACGAGGAUUCAGAUGUGAAAGAGGCCCUGAGGAGGCUUCCAGAAGAUCAUUACAAUGACAGGAUGUUCAGGGUCAAGAGGGCCCUGGAUCUCUCCAUGAAGCAGCAGAUCCUUCCUAAAGACCAGUGGACAAAAUAUGAUGAGGAUGUCCAUUACCUGACACCAUAUUUGGAAGAGGUGAUCCGUGAAAGGAAAGAAAGAGAGGAGUGGAUGAAGAAGUAAAUGGUUCCUGGUCAAAGCUGUUAAUCCUAAUCUUUGGUCAGUUUAUGGUUGUCCCCCGGUGUUGUAUUUAAAAUGAAAUGUAAUCUAAAUGAGACAGUGCUCAUUAAAGAAAUGUAAAUUUUGAAGGA